AUGCCUCUGUCUCCAAACAGCAACGCGCUGGCUCUUAAGCGCAAACUGCAACAAGCAGAGAGCCAGCGCGAGCCUACAAGCAAGCGUCAUAGCAUCUCGGGGUAUGAUCCACAGACACCAUGGCUGUAUGAGACCGCCAAGCCACUCAACGGCUGGCGUACGCUAGGCGAUCCUGCAGUCCAUAACUCGUUGCCACUGGCGAAUAUGGUGUCUGCGGUUCAAGACCUCAUCGACCCAGACUUUGAUCCACUGACCGCGAUCUUGGACGAAGAGCCACGUUUUUUGAAACCCCUGCCGAGUCGAAUAGCACCGGAAGACUUGGAGUUCCUGCGGUUCCGAGGCGCCCUGUCCAUCCCAGAGAGCGGUUUGCGGAAUGAGCUGUUACGAUCCUACAUCCAAUGGAUUCACAGUUUCAUGCCCAUCCUUAAUUUGCAAGAACUUUUAAGAUGUGUGGCUGAGAAUGAUACGAAGGGAAACAUUAGCGUACUGCUGUUCCAGGCGGUAAUGUUUGUCGGAACGGCCUUUGUCGACCUUAAGCAUCUCCAAGAUGCAGGGUACUCAACGAGGAAAAGUGCACGCAAUGCCUUCUUCACCCGAUUACGACUCCUUUAUUCCCUUGAUUGCGAGGAAGACCGCAUCGUCAUCGCACAGGCUGUAUUGCUAAUGACAUAUUGGUCUGAUACCGAGAACUCCCCACAGCGAGACAUCUGGGACUGGAUUGGGGUGUGUAAUACUCAAGUGCAUUCUAUUGGCUUAAACAAUGAUUCAUCCACCGCCGAUAUCGACCCACGGAUGAAGAGGCUACGUACAAGAAUAUGGUGGUGUCUAUACUCGCGAGACCGAUUGAUUGCCAUGGGGAUGCGUCGCCCACUGCAAGUGAACGAAGGAACCAGUAAUGUGCCAAUGCUGAAGCUUGAAGACUUUGACUUUGAGCCUUUUUCUCCCGCCGCUGUCGCUCUUUUCCACUGUCGACAACUCGAGGACGUGUCACAUCAGAAACGCCUCGCCACCAUGUUCAUCGAGAAAGUCAAACUCUGCCAAUGUAUUGGUCGAGUAUUAUUUGCACAGUAUGCACCGUCACAGCAUCAGUUUGGUUCCACAGAUAGAACCACAGUGACUUUGAUUCCCCGACAGGCGUCGGAAUCAGAAUUUACUCGUUGCAACCAGAAACUUGACUCGUGGCUUGGGGCUCUACCCAAAGAUGCCCAGUUUAUUCCAGCGUCUAAAUCAAAAUUUCGCGAUGGAGAGGAUGUACUGCUGUUACAUGGCGCUAUGCUUCGGAUGCUUUAUCAUGCUACUAGCAGUGCUCUGCACCGACCCUGGGCAGCGCACUCCAAAGAUCAAUCGAAGUCCCGUAUUGAAUGGCGCAACAUAGCACGCACAAAAAUGCAGGAGGCAGCUUCUGGAAUCACCCAUAUUAUCCAGGGCCUUAACCAGCUUAACCUCACUCGAUUUUUACCGCAAUCUGGAGUGACAGUCAUAUUACCGGCCGCAGUUGCCCAUCUUUCCAAUUCUAUGUCUGACAAUCCAGCAAUUCGUGAGAGCAGUAUCUGCAAUUUCCAACGUUGCAUCCACGUCCUACACUGUCUGAAAGAUAUGUACCCAGCCGCCAAUGUCGAGUUCGCAAACUUAGAGGCUGCGAUAAAGCUUCAAUCAGGCAAUUACAACUCCAAUACCUUUUUCCAAAUCAUGCAAUAUAAUUUCGACAACUCAGAGUCGCCGCUCGAAAGUGCAGAGAGCGCGCGCAAUCAAGGCAAUCCGGAAUCAAUAAGCACACCCAAUUCAUUCUAUGGGCAGGACAACAAGUCUGUUCGUGAUGGCCAAUCAAUGGCAUCCCACCAAGCCAGAACACCAUCUGUCCAUGAAAGUAGCCAAUCUCAGCAUCGCAAUCACAGUAUACCUACACCUCGCGACCAACCUUACACACCUCAGCCAUCCACCCGCCCUUUCCCCAACGAUUUCGAUGACCAUUUCGGGGCCACCACAACUACAGAUGCGACCAAUCCCUUUACCUUCCUGACUACUGAAUUCGAUUCUUUCCCCGAUAUAGUUGAUUCAAGCUCCAAUAUUAUGCAUCACCAUACCAAUGAAACCAUCGAUGUGCUUCCCACUGAGGAUUUCGAUGACAUGGACUGGACAAAAGCUCUAUUCCAAGAAACGCCAUUACCUUCCCUGGCUAAAUCGGUCUCCGGGCUAGGGUCCCUGACUCUUGGACGACCUCGUCAAUCCCAGAGUUUAGAUACACCACAUCUAAUCAACCGGGAGCAAGAGGAGGAUAUCUUUGCAUUCGCACUGAAGGAUGACAAAAGUCCGGGAAGCUAUCACUCUAGGAGUCAUACUCAUGAUAUCACGGGAGAUUUGGAUCGGGACUUGGGCUUUCAGACUGGCGAUGAGAUGUUUUAG